AUGUCUCAUGCCGGUGUCGCACCCGGAGGAAAGGUGCGAUUGACAAAUUAUCCCUCAAUCGCCAAUGCUCCUCUUCCUGCUGAAGGUAACGGAUAUUUCAACAACUUGCAUUUGGCAGGUUUGGUUUUGUUCCUUCCUGCAGUCUUGUUGCGUGUCAUUCCAUUCGUAAAAGCAAGCUGGUUCUCCUGGCUCGGUUACUUCUUCCUCGUUGCAAUUUUGGGAGUCCCAAUCACCAUUGGAUACUGGACCGUAUGCAGUAUGUAUGGUCCACGAAAAGAUGAACGCAUUACUCUACCCGGCAAGCCAAUCGAAACAUAUUUGACCUUCAACGAUGCAAAAUUACGCGAAAAGUAUGGCAAACGUAAAAUCCCAAUGGAAGUAUUCUAUGAAGCAUACUUUGACGGCAAGAUUGAUAUCAAAGGCGACAUGUUGAAUGUUUUGGAACACCGUCUCGACUGGGCUGAUAUGCAUAUGACACCCGAAUUGUUCAAAUUCGUUUUGACUGUAUUGAUUCCUGAUGUUUUAACGCACUCUGCCAAAGCUGAUGAAGAUAUGGUACGUGAUCAUUAUGACCGGGGUAACGAUUUCUACGAAUCAUUUUUGGGUCCCCAAAUGAUCUACACAUCUGGUAUGUUAAGCGACCCCACCAAACGUGAAACUCUUGAGGAAAUGCAAGAUAACAAAUUGGCUACCGUCUGCACAAAAUUGGGCCUAAAACCUGGAGAAAAGCUAUUGGACAUUGGAUGCGGUUGGGGAACCUUGACUGCAUUUGCUGCAAAGAACUUCGGCGUUGAUGCCACUGGUGUAACAUUGGCUCGUGAACAAACCAAGUUUGGUAACAAGCGUAUUGAAUUGAACGGAUUAACAAAAGAACAAGCAAGAAUCUUGUGCAUGGACUACCGUGAUAUUCCCGUUGACAAAGGACAUUACGAUAAAAUCGUCAGUCUGGAAAUGGCAGAACACGUUGGUAUUCGUCACUACUCUCGCUUCUUGGCUGAUAUUCAUGAACGUUUGAAUGAUGAAGGUACAUUUGUAUUGCAAGUUGCCGGACUACGACCAAAUUGGCAAUUCUGGGAUUUGAUUUGGGGAUUGUUCAUGAACAAGUACAUCUUCCGUGGUGCUGAUGCAUCAUGCACUUUAGGUUGGGUGAUUAACAAAUUGGAAGCUGCCGGAUUUGAGGUACGAUCUGCUGAUGUGAUUGGUGUGCAUUACUCUGCCACCUUGGAACGUUGGAUGCACAACUUUGCCAGAAAUUACGAUGCAAUGAAAGCAAAAUACGGUGAACGUCUUUGUCGUAUUUGGACAUUCUUCUUGGCUUCUUCUGUGAUUGUUGCACGGGAAGGAGGAUCAAGUGCAUUCCAAAUCACUGCUCACAAGAACUUGAACGCUUAUCAUCGUGUCGAAGGUGCUUUCUUCAACGGAGGCAUUCACCCUAAACCAGCCCGAUCAUCUUAUGAGAGCGUUUACAACAAAGGUGAUACUGCACCACCACCCAAUCCUGCUCCUUGA